CUUUUCCACCACCAGCAGCCGAGUUGAGUUUGUCACCAAGACCUCCCAGGAAGCCACCUCCGCUGGAACUGCCCUGUUGGGUCUGUUCUCCGGGAACUUGUUGCUUCUGCUCUUGGUCACCACCAGUAAAGCUGUUCAAGGCUCCUUUGAGUUGAUCCAUGAUUGUGUGGAGCGAAGAUAGAAUGAAGGAGGACGAAACGAUAACGUGUCUGAGGUCACGAUGGGGAUGGGCUACGAUUGAUCAAUUGAUCGAAGUACUGGGAGUUGCUGAAAUGGUUGGGGGAAAGAAGGAAAUGAAUACAGUGACCAACGAUGCAACUGCAACUUGGAGGGAACGAUUCACACGAGGUAUCGGUGAAGGAGGAGGGGCAGAGAGGCCACAGCGAGCGCAGCUGCGGAGUGACACAGUGACAGGCUGCCUGCCAUUGAGUGCCACAGUUCCAGUCCCAGUGCCAGGGAAGCUCAGCCUGUUCAGCUGUUAGCAACCUCAGACAUGGCCAAGUUGCUUGGAACGGAUCCAGCGAAACAUUCAUCCCUUGCGGACCCUGAGCGAUCUGCGUUCACGUCAAAUCGAUGCCCACCCACCGAAUGGCAUGAAAGUGUGGCGUCUUGAAACUUGGAUCAGGACUUGGAGCGGAUGGCAUCAUAGAACUGCUAUUUGCUAUCUCCAAUAGUGACGUUAGCCGAGUCGGAACAACCGAGACGGCAUGAUCCGCGUCUACUCAACAACAGCCUAUCGAUUGUUCCGAGCUGGUUACUGAGAUUCCACCAGUCUGUCUCCCGCGCUCGCUUCCUACAAACUGCACACAGCCUCGUUAUCAAACACUUUCCUAUGUGGACCCCCAGCUUGACAAUGCAAGCUGAACCCUGCCCCACCAGCAGCAGACAACUCGGCCCCUGACGGUCAUGCUUUCUCCGCUGUUUGGGCCUCAUCAACACCAUCUGCACUCUCUAGACUGGCUCUUCGUUCAGCUUCAACUUGUUCCUCGCGCUCAACCUCCUGCUCCCAGUCAUCCACCACUUCCUGCUUUUGAGCCUUCUUGCGCAACAACUCCUCAUGCUCUUGCUUCUUCCUUUUGGCUUCGGCCAAUCGACUACCGAGCACCGUGUAAACUGGUUUCUGUCCGACCGGCUUGACUUGGGGUGCUUGAGCGGGAGCGGCUCGCCGCGCUGCCACUUGUGACCAUCCAUUUAUCUCAUUUGUGACCGGUUUGCCUUGUUGCCGGAGCACUUUGGGUUCUGGUCCUUCUGUGUCAAAAUGACAGAGCACCACCGACCCAGCCAGGUUAUCCUUGGUCACGGCACCGAUAAUGGUGGGUUGGAGGCUCGUCAGGCGGGUGACCAGCUGCUCAGGCGUGUCCCAAGUCAUGGAUGGAAUCAGUGCAACACCUUCAUCCUGAGGUAGAAAGAAGAUGUCGAAAUUGGUAUCAGGCGCAGACUUUUUGAUCACUGGCCGUAGUUCGUCCUCGGUCAGGGCAAACCUGGGCUUGAGUAGAAGGAACCCGUUGUAUUCGUGCUUGACUUCAUCAGCCUUCUUUUCAGCGGUCGAAUGAAUCGGUGCGGCCACGUUCAAUUGUCCCCGUUUUAUCCUCGCCGCUUGAGCCAGAGUUUUCAUGGGUGCCGACACGAAUUUGGGGGUCUUGAACAACACAACAUGGCGAUGGGGCUCAGGAUCCAGACUUUCACUGUCAAACCCAAAAUCCUCUGCGAUGCUGUGGAUGAAAGCACGUUGUCGACUUUUCAUUGGUUUGAACCGAUAUCUCUUCUCAGAAUCGUCCGCUGCGAACAGCCGCAGAAUUUCUUCCUGCUUGUGCGCCCAUGCCACAUCUUCCAGAUACAUGUUCAGCGUCGUGGUUGAAUAAGGCACAUGGUCGUCAGUGUGGUCAUCCGAAAUGUGCAGAGCAAGGGCCAGAGCCCGGUUUCGUUCGAGCCGGGCACACUCUUCGUCGCAUUUGAGGUAAUCAUCACUUUGAACGGACACGGUUUAUCCUCCUUGCAGGCAGACGGGGCAUGGCACGGCUGUUCGCAAGGAUGCCCACAAGUCUUCUUAGCCUUGCCACAUUCCUGUUGACAAUGUUGACGAGCAUCUUCACAUUCCCCCGGCUUGUGGCACGUCGUACGACAUGUAUGGGAGCCGCACUUCAACACUUUGCCACAGACCAAACCGCAAAGCACAUCUGCCCGCCAGCAGGGUUGAUUUUUGAGUGUUUUCUUUCCGCAAAGACAAUCUUUCUCAGUCAAAAACGGACAUUUCGGACAAUCCUCCUCAUCUGGGUGGCAAUUAUGCGCAACUUGAGGAUGGCCGCAAUCCUUCGCCCUCGUGCACGGAAAGUUGCAUGGCGGAGGUUGAGUACCACAGGGGAGGGGAGCUUGAAGUACAGUCCGACCGCAACUGCAGGAUAUGUCAUCAAAAAUGGCCUCUUUACAGCUGCCACAAGGUCCACGGUGGCACAGGUCUGUACAGUUGUGGUUGCCGCAUUUUAGUCUCCGGCCACACGCCCGCGUACAUAUGUGCUCCGCUUCAAUAUUCUCGUCGAAUAACCUGGUAACCGCACCCAGUGGCUUGAGUUUUCGUUUUGUAGCUUGCCGCUCAGCUGCUUUGCGCUCGCCUGUGCAACAUCUUUCACCACACUCGUGCCGGCCACAAUUCAGCGUGGCCUUGCACAUACGGGUGCAUCGCGGGGGUUCAUUGGUCGCCUCAUGACAAAUAACUUCGAAUGAAGACCGAGUACAGCGGCACGGAGUCGAUAUCUUCAACUCGCAUGGCUUGCACUCGCCUGUAUGGCAAGGCUGCAUGCAAUGAUGUCCGCAGGGUAACCUCCGUCCGCACUGCUUCCCGCAGCUAGGUACUGGGUCGGUACAUGACGUACGUGGAGGAAUGUUGAGCUCCGCCAAUGCUGUCUUGCCGCAAGGACAGUGUGUGACAACGUCCACCGACCGUGGACAAUGUGGCGGAAUUGAUUCCUGAGGAUGGCAUGAUUUCUCACAUUGGUGUAUUCCACAGUCCAUGGCCCGCCCACACGGCAGACCACAGUCGAAACAUCCGACCCAGUCCAAGCUUUCCUUCUCUUC